AUGAUAUCUAUAGAGAACAGAUCUGAAGUGAAUGAGUUCAUCCUCAAAGGAAUAACAGAUGAUCCAGAGCUUCAGGUUCCUCUCUUCAUCAUGUUCACCCUCAUCUACCUCAUCACCCUGGUAGGGAACCUAGGAAUAGUAUCUUUGAUCUCCUGGGAUUCCCAUCUCCACACGCCCAUGUACUUUUUUCUCAGUAAUCUCUCUUUAGUGGAUUUUGGCUUUUCUUCAACUAUAACUCCCAAGGUGAUGUCUGGGCUCCUUCGAGGAGACAAGGUCAUUUCCUUUAAUGGAUGUGCUACACAGCUAUUCUUUUUUGCAUCUUUUGGUACUAUUGAAAGUUUCCUCUUAGCCUCCAUGGCCUAUGAUCGGCAUGCAGCUGUGUGUAAGCCCCUACAUUAUACCACUACCAUGACAUCAACUGUCUGUGUACAUCUAGUCAGUGGUGCUUAUUUCUGCAGCUUUCUAGCCAUCUCCAUAGUCACAGGAAACAUAUUUAGCCUUUCCUUUUGUAGAUCAAACAUACUCGAACACUUUUUCUGUGAUGUUACCCCUCUGCUACUUCUCUCUUGCUCUGAUAUUCACCUCACAGAGGUACUAGUCUUUAUAAUAGGGUUAUUCACUGUCUCUUCUCCACUCCUUAUCAUCUUUACUUCUUACUUACUAAUUUUCAUCACCAUCCUGAAGAUCCGUUCUACUGAAGGCCGUCAGAAAGCCUUCUCCACCUGUGCUUCCCAUCUCACAGCAGUGUCUAUAUUUUAUGGGACAAUUAUGUUCAUGUACUUACAACCUAGUUCCAACCAUUCAAUGGGCUCAGACAAAAUAGUGUCAGUAUUUUAUACAAUGGUCAUCCCUAUGUUGAACCCUCUAGUGUACAGUCUUAGGAACAAAGAUGUCAAAAACACUUUCAGGAAAGCUGUGAGGGGACAACAACAUUAA